GGUUCGCGGAGCAGAGACGGCUCAGUCGUAUGAUAAACGCGGAGCCACCUGGGUAGGAGGCGAGCUCUGGUGCGUCUGCACAUCCAUCGACGCCGGUGAAUCGUGCACUACGCGAACAAUGUGUUCGUGGACCUCGUGAAACGGAACCGCGACCACAGUUGUUCAAUUGACGCUCUACUGUUGCGAAACCCGUAGGUCUGUGUCGAUCGGCUACUACCGCGUUUUUGUUUCGAAUCCUGAUCACCGUGAGAUCCACUUGCUUCCGAGAUCCGCGAUUUGUUAUCCGGACGUUCAGACAGGUAAUCAAGGGAAUAGAAUUAUUACAAGAGGAUGAGUCUUCGUUGGAUUCACGAAAAUUUAGAAGCACCAACAUGCGAUGAGGAAUGCAGCGACAUCGAUGACAGUUGCAGCGACGACAGCUACGAUUCCGAUCUAUCAAUCUGCGAGGAGAAAGGACCGGGAAACGAAAAGGAGAUCAAUGGGGAUCGCAGGAGGAAAAGGGAGACUAGGAGACAUCCGACCACUACAGUGAAGUUCGACGAGAACGGAACUCCGCAUUACAUCACGGAAUCGGUUAAACGACCGCCUUACGUAAUAUGGGAUCCCAGGAAACCGGCACAAAAUCCUGUGUACAAUUGUUUGGUAAUCAAAUUGUUCUGUCGAACCGGAUACCAUCUUGCUGUUUCGAACUCUGGUCGUGUUCGAGGUUUGAGUGCCACGAACGAACCACAUGCUUUGCUUCACAUUAUACCGGUAUCAUUUGGAGUGAUUCGAAUACAAAGUCUUGAAACUAGUCUGUAUUUGGCUUUCAAUAAGAAGGGACGUUUGUAUGGUGAGCUAAGUGCAAACAAAGAUAACACAGAAUGGGAGCAAUGGAACGUCGGUUCCUAUGAUGCUUUUCGAUCACGAAAAUACGCGAAUCAGGGAUGGUGGAUAGGAAUAAAGAAAAACGGACGAGCAAAGCCAGGACCAAAAACAAGUUGGGGCCAAAAAUCGAUACAAUUCCUAGCAAUACGACAAGAUUAAUUUCUACGAAUAUUUUAUAUUUCUGUACUAAAUUAAUUCGUAACAAUUAUGUGAAUCCUAAACAAAGAAAAAGACCCUAAAUGUUAAAUUAAAUUAAUCAUGAUGCAUAAUGACGAACUUUAAAAAAUCUUUUUAACGAAUUUAUGUAAUUUUUUACUAACAACGAAAAUCAUACGUUCGACAAGAAAUCAAUUACACAUUUUUUAUGGGAAAUAAAUAAUCUCGUUGCCUUCCAAUAGAAUAUAAUGUUUAUUAUAACACUAUGUUACUCAACAAUGAAAUAAUUUGAGAUUGUGCAUUCUGCUUGUGCCCUCCAACUGAAACUUCAUCGCAAGUUGCAGUUUUAAAUUGCAAUACAUUUCUUUUUCUUUAUUAUUUUUUCCUUAUCUUUUUUCUUUCUCAGUUGCAGUAGUAAUCGUUGAUCGAACAUGCUGCAGGCAAAGUGUCGAUCGUUUUCAAUCAGUCAGUUAAAUUAGUGAUUAAAACGUACACUGUGCUCGCAGCAUUUACACGAACGUUAAUUUAUAUUAAUAUAUUAUAUAGUCAUAUGUAAUAUAUAUAUAUAAUUAUUUCUUAUCUCUUUUGUACAUCUACAUACAUUGCAUACACGUAUGUCGAAACCCUUAAGCGAAAGCUCGAAUUAAAAAAUGUUGGUGUUUGAUUAAA